CUCUGCACCCGAAGCAGUCAGCUACAAACAACGCUGCACUGGGACUACUCCGAACCAAAUUUCACUAGUCCUCCCGGAGAUGGCAGCAUAUUACGCUACUCCCUCCAGUUCCAUGGUUGCCCACGCCUCUGCCUUACAACCCUAUGGGCAGUCCUCUGAGCUGAGCGGUCCAAAUCCAAACGUUAGCGUCUAUGAUCUACCUACGGACUCCGAAAAUGAAGCAGAGGUGGAUGAACUGGAGUCCGACACAGAUCCCGAAGAUGAACUCGCCGCAAGCGCCUCCGCUCACCAGAAGAAGAGCGGACGACGGCUUGGGGAACGUGUUCCCGGGACAACUCUGCUCCCUCCUUCCAAAGUAGAGAACAUAGUUCAGCCGGACACCAGCAUUACGAUGUCGAAGGAAGCGCUGUUCGUUUUGUCGGUUGCAACGGAGGAAUUUUUAAAACGAAUGGCGCAAGCUGGCCACCGACAGGCGGCUGCAAAGCGUCGAGGGACCGUAAAUUACUCAGAUUUAGCGUGCUCCACCCAACAAUAUCAAGAGUUCAUGUUCUUGCAAGACACUAUACCUGAACCAAUAUCCUUAGCAGAGGCGCUUGACAGACGGGCAAUGAAAGAGAAGGAAGACUUGGAAGCCAAUCCAGCGAUGUCCACCGCCCACCGACAGUCACCUCCUUUCAUUGCAGUAUCAGCACCCCAGUUGAAUGGGAAAUCAAAAGCCAAGCCAAGGCCGUCAGUCGCUAAUGGCAAAGAAACGUCGAAUGCAAGUGCAAAUGGAAAUUCUAGGAGAGAGCAUAGACGGACCGAGGACGGGAUGGAUGGUAUUGUAUCAAGAAGCCGGAGCACGAGAGUCGUGGACGAGGAUCGUUAUGCCGGGCCAGAAGAGCACGCGUCAAGUGACGUAGGCAAUGAAACAGGUGUAUAUCAGGCGGGUUCAUCUCCGAGGCAUCCAACCUCAGGCCUCCGGGACACAGCACGGUCACCCCACGAGUUUGCACCCAACUGGCCUGGCCAAUACACUGGCCCCGCGAGCGGCUUUCUGCAAGAUUCACGUGGAGGGUUUGGUCGAGGAAUUGCUAAUCAGAAUCCCGGGCGUACUAUCUACUCACAGCAAUCACGUCCAGAAAAUGGAUCCUAUCAGUAGCAUGUGCUGAAAUGGCAUGCAUUAUUCCUAUUGGCUAGUAUAUUUCUUCGACGCAGUCAUAACAAGUAGAUCGUCCUACUUAGAUUUACCCGUGUUAUUACUGUAACCUUAUCUUAUCUUCAACGGACCUUUUGGCACAGCCAUUC